AUGGGUUCACGGGGAAGAGGUCGUGGUCGGGGUCAGGGCGGCACGUUCAGCAUGGAACAGCUCGGGGUGCAAAAGGGAGAAGGAAUGCCGACGGCUGUUCUGCAGCCACCCCCAGUGUUCCCACCGCCGGAAUACCGACCCCUGCCUUUGUCAACUGGUCCUCGCCAAGAAUACCUCAUCUCAGCCAAGCGGGACUUGCGGUCCUACAUGAGAGAAUCUCCGUUCCACAUCAAGCAAAGGUCGGCGAGUAAUUGGCUGUCUGGCCUGGUGACUAAAAUCAAGGAAGACGAGCGCGUGAGGAAUGAAGACGCGCCCAUGUUUAGCAGUUGUUGUUGGUCGCAGUUCCCGAAGGAGUUGAUCCCUGUUGCGGAAGGCGGGAAAGCCCGGAAGCGGAAAGUGGUGAAGCGGAAGAAGUCUGCAGUGAAAGCAGAUGGCACAGACAUUUUGGAAAAACUGUCAAAACUGGAAGAGACGGGAGAUGGCGGACCGACUGUGGAGAAGGAAGCAGGAAGUGAUGAAGAGACCGACGACGAGGACGAUGAGAACAAGGAUAAAAAGGGAAUGCUGGGGAUAGAGGAAGAAGAGCAGGUGGAAGAAGUGGACGAGGAGAUGGAUGGGGGCACAGAUUAUGCCAACAAUUACUUCGACCCCGGCGACGAGUAUGCGGAUGACGGCGACGACGAUAACGAUGAGGGGGGUGUGUAUUGAAACCGCAUACGAAAAAAGGCGGCCUGUGGCAACAAAAGAUUGUGAUAACGGUUCA